AUGUCCGAGAGUGCCGCCAGUCGGCAGAACCAACAGAGCAAUUUCACCGCGAAAUGUUUUCAUUUUUUGUUCGCACUUGGGACGGUGUUGGUAGUGAGGAAAUUGUUGGGCCUCAAACGAACUGGAAAAAAAAGUUCUACGUACCACAUACCACAGUACGAAUCAUUACGACGUUACAGGUAAAUCGAUAAUUAGUGUUGAGAUUUUUGUUGUCGACCAAAAAAAAAAAAUCACGUAACGUAGCGUAUUAAUCAUACUCGUGGCACAGUCGAAAAAACAAACAAGACGUGCAUUAUACAGAAUAAGUUUUUUAAGCGUAUGAAUAUGACUUUAAUAACCGUAACGCGUAGUGAUACCGCAGUAAACGUCCUCUGCAGAUUGUUUCGGCGUAAGCAAUUUAAGUUUCAACGAUAUUCAAUCCGACCCCUUUAUUCCGGUAAUUUAAUGACUCUGUUACGAGGUGGGUGGUAGGGGAGGGAAACUCAAUUAAUAAAUUAUUGUCGAUGCCCCCUCCGUUCCUCCAAAAAAAAAAAUAAUAUUAAAAACUAAAAAAAUAUUAUGCGCGUGUACGAUCGCGUUUCGUUAAUUACCUAUAUUAUUCGUCUUUCGCGUUCGCUUUAUACAAUUUAGACGUGUAUAAGUUAUUUGCGUAAAAAUACUCGCUACGAAUUCACGUGGAUAUCGUUAUCUAUUAUAUUUUAUUAAAAAAACAGCUCCAUCGUUUAAAACAGAGAUUUUGAAAAAAAAAAAAAAAAAAAACGGAAUUUUACAAAUUUCAGAUAACUGCGUUACAACUACACUCGCGACAACCGCGACACUUGUUCAUAAUUUCGUACAUCCGAUUUGAAUACAUUUUCUUCAGUCGAUAUCGGUUUUCGCGUCUACAUUUUUUUUUUUUCGAAAACGUCGUACAAAUUGCCUAUACGCAACCCCUUGAAUGUUAUCGAUAAUAUUCGCGUUUAAAUAUAGAAUAUUAUAAACCGCGUUGUUAGAAUUUAUCCGUCAACGUAAAAACGCUAACACGGUGUAUAUAUUAUACAUCGCAUCACUCGUCAGUUAUCACUCAACGUAUACUAGAAAACCUGUUUACAAAAAAAAAAAAAGACUUAAUAUUUCAGCUGGAUUGUAAUAGGAUUUUUGGAAGUUGAUAGGAAGUAACGAAAUAUACAUUUUCAGACGAAUUUCAAACUGUGUAACACUUCCGGUGCGCGCGUGUAUAGUACAAAUUACUUUUUUUUAUACAACUUUCGUAUCAAAGUAAUUUUUCUUAUCACGAAAUUGUCAAAAUCACAAUAUGUUGAAAUGUAAUCCCUGUACAAUUACCAAUCUAAUUAUAUUGAGGAUAGCUCGAUUAUAAAAUGAUUAUUGCAUUAUUAUUAAUUAAUUAACGAUUAUUAUAUGUAAUUUCAUUACAAAUAAAUUUUUUGUAAAUAUUAAAUUCAAAAAUGAUAAAACUUAGCAAAUUUUGUAAUUAAAAAAAAAUCUUUUUACACAAGAAAUGUUUAAAAAUAGGACAGACAUGUUUCGCACCUUGGUGCAGCCAUAGUUGUGGGUGGGAAGUUGAGAAGGUAAAAUACAAACGGGAAUUUAACGUGUAUCUGUUAGCAAAGAUAAACCAUUGCUAACGAAAAAACUAUUCUGAGCGGAAUUCAGUUGAUAGGUUUGCUUUUUCAACGAUAUAUAUAUAUGUCAUAUUAUGGUAAAAUGAUUAUAACCUUGUGCGUUUCCAUGACAAUAAUGAUCGUUUGAAAAAUAUUAAAAUAAUAACAAAAAAUAAAAAUCACGGUUGCCAAUGACAACCAAUUUUUAAUUUUUCUAAUCUUUUUUAACUCAAAGAACCAGGUUUUCCUCAUUACCUCGAAUAUUAAUGAGAAUUUCAAAAAAUGACCUAUCUAAAGCACCACCCAGUGAACAUUUCCUUUCAGGAAAGUUGCUAUACUUGAUAAUCGAAAUAAUCUUGCUGGUAGAAAAAUUGUUCACAUAAAACAAAAAUAAUAAACUAAGGAAAAACGAUUCUGAGAAAAGUCCAGUUGAACAUAAUUUGAAAUUUUGUGAUUUUCAAGAUUUACUUUAAUGCUUGUAAAAAAAAAUUACGUACAAAAGAGGGCUAGAUAAGAAAAAUUAUUCGUCGAAAGUAUUUUGUCGGAAAAUAAUUUUAAACCGAUCUAAGUAUGACAAGCUAUCGCGAAAUAAUAGUUCUCAAAUUCCCAAUGAAAUAAUAUUCCGAAAGAAUAAUGUUUCCGAUAAAAUAUUUUUCGACGAAAUACAGUCAACAACAAAUUACGUUUCAGAAAAGAUAAUUUCAUUUUUUUUUUUAUACGCCUCUCUUGGAAAGUAUUUUUUCUGGACUAUUAAAGUUUUACCGAAAAAAAGCUAAAGAAAACGUGACAAUUUUAAAUGACUAUAAGACAAUAGCUCAAAAACCACCGAAAUGUUUUUAAAACUUAACCAUGUCGACAAAAAACAAUGAUAAGUAUUCCGUGAUAAUUUCAAAUUGAAAAAUAAAAUAUUAAAAAUAUCAAAAACAACGGAAACCGUUAUUUUGAAAAUUGUCUCGUUUCUUUCAAUCUAUUAAGAAAACUACAGGGAAAAUUAAAAAUAUACAUUCUCAAUGCGCCAACUAGACGAUAUUUUCCAGCACAGUUCACCUUCGGAAUUUUUAAUCGGGCCACGGUUUUCGAUUAAUAUCAACACAAAAAAAAAAAAAAAACACAUACCGUAUUAAAACCGAAAUAAAUAUUAUAAUAUUCGCGUAUUUUUCAAUGACGAUACGGUUUACUGCUCGCGAUCUCAAACAUUGCAAUAUAACUCAUAUAAAAACUGUGUUCCGGUUUCGCUGGCGUUUCCGCAGUCCGGUAUAGUGUCGGAGAAUAUAGGUAUGGAGGCCUCUGGCGAUUCGGCCUCCUAUAUUUUGAAAUAUAUCCCCCCCGGACAGUACACUUCUCUGGUCCGGAAGCGCCGCGUUUUCGCCGUUGAUUUUCAACCGGUGUUUCCGUUUUGGCGUCGGCAGCUCGACAACGGCGUACGCGUUAUACCUGCCUACCUAGGUACCUACUAUGUUACAACAAUCAGGCCAGUUAUCUCGAAAAUCGUACAUUGUGUCGUGAACCGUCUUGUUUAUAAUAAUCGUAUGUAUCCAUAACAUUGAUUUUUAACGAUUUCGGAGAUUGCACUUUAAAACUGUUUAAAGGGUUCAGCAUUAUGCUUAAAGUUUCAUAAGUCCUCUCUUCUCUACGGGAAUUUCGAUACGUAUGAUAGUGUAAACUCGACCGGUUUUUUUUUUUUUGAUUUUUUUUAAGUUUUACGGUUUAAAUGGAGGAUACGGGGAUAGUGAUCAGAUCGAAUUUAAACAGUUACAAGUAGCUAUAUUAUUGUAGUUACUUAAAUACUACAAAAAUAACUAUACAUAUUUUUGUCAUUCUUUUUGGAGCGAUAGAAAUUCUCAAAAAGUUUCUCGUAGUAUAUUAUUAGAACUUUGAACGUAUGAUAAAUUGAACACAGAGAUUUUUAUAAAGGGUCGUUUUUUUUUUUUUUCGAUGUCCGAAAAAUUUAUAAAAACCUUAAAACUCGGCGGAAUAAAUAUUAAUCAGCAGGAGUGAAAUUCAAAACUAACCGGGGAUUAUAAAACUUUGUAUGAUCAAUUUCAAAAAUGUUUACACACUCAAAUUUAUUGCUGUACUAUAAACAUUGAAAAUAUACGAGUACCUACUGAAAUAAAAGUGUAUGGUAAAUUAAACUUCACUGGAAUCCUUUUUUUUUUUUUUUUUAAUGAACCAGUCAAAUUCGUUGUUCUUCUUUUUAAAAAAAUUGUUCACAAUGCGUACACGUAACAAAAAAGAAAAUAGUGUCAAAAAAAUAUAUUAAAAAGCUCCACGUGCUUGCACCAUAGUUCGGCCACUUUUGUAAGAAGAAAUUUCGAAAGGUAUAGGGUAUAGUGUGAUUACAUUUUUAUAUUAAAAGCAACGAUACAUCGUUACAAUCAAAAAACGAUUCUGAGCAGAGUAUUUCUAAUAAUAUUACUCUUUUUUCCCCUUUUUAGAAAAAGGUAAAGCAGUAAUAGACUUGCAGUAAUUAAACCGAUGUAUUGACAUUUGUCGACCCUAUAUUUAAUAAAAUAAAAUAAAAAAAAAUACUUAUCUAUAAAUCGUCUUUAAAUAAAUAAAACCACCAGACGAAAAAUCUAUAAGGUAUAACGCAUAAAAAAUAUUGGAGCAUUUUUACUCAUCAAAAAAGUUGUUUUAUUCAGUUUAGUACACUACGUACACAGCUUACAACAACGAGUAAAAUAUUUUAUAUUAUAUAAGUAUUUAAAAAAUAAUUCAUAACUUUUAAGCUUAGGGACGGAAAUAUAAAAUAUUUAUGAAGGAAGAGAUGAUGGGAGGGUCUGACUAAAAAUUAUUUUUAAUAGGAGUAAAUUGGAAAUUGAAAAUAUAAUUAAACACCUGAAGUAAUUUUGAAAUAGGAGAGGGGGUUAUCCCUUUGCUCAAAUAUAUAAGUAGUAUUUUGAUCUUUGAACUUUACAAUUCUGGAAAUUUAUAAAAAUGAAGUUUUAACGUAGUAGAAUUUAUCGCAAAUAAAAAUGUUUGCUUUGGGUUAAAAUAUAAACAAAUAAUACGUUUUUUAUUUUAUUUAACAAUACAAAUCCGUGUAGAAUCUCAGUAAGAAUAAUAAAAACUGCAAAAUUACAAGUGAUUCAAAAACAUUAAAUACCCGGAAGAAAAAACUCUAACCUUGUAUGACAACGAGAUUAUAAAAAAAAAAAAAUGUAGGCACAGUUUAUUAUCCCAUUCAAAUCUUCCUUCUUUUUUUUUGCCCUCGUAAUUCUAUAUUUAUUUUUAAAAUGAUUGCGCAGUAAAAAAAAAAUACGUUGAAAAACGUUAGUUAGGUACACGAGCACUCAAAGUUCGCCGAUACACUUAUACUUGCCUAUAGACCGACUGAGUGCCUGCAGAAUGACGAUAUUGUCACCUUAUAUUUUCGUAUUCUCGGUAGCACUCGUGUCUCGUAUAUUUAAUUACUUUAAUUUUUUUUUUUUUUCAAACCUUGUAAAAUCAAAAAUCGGGUAAACGCUUUUUCUCGCAUUAAUCGAAAAUAUAACAAAUAAUCUCGCUGCAAUUUUAUUAUGUCACAUUAGUACCACAAGUAAUUGAGUUAUAUGAAAAAGAAUUUUACAUUUAUUUGACAUUGGUUUCCAAUGGUGUUUUCUUUUUGGUUUGUGUCGCGUUUUAAUAGACGUUUUAAUGGUAUAUCAUUUUAGAUGAAGUUAAUUAUUUUUUUUUAUGUCCGUGAAAUACUUUCUGCCCCGAUUUUCAAAUGUAGCAUUUUUUCUGAAAAUUAAUCUAAACUGGGAUGGUACUUUAGAGAGGUCAUUUUUUCAUUUUCCCAUGGAUUUUCAUAAUAAAUAAAAAAAAAAAACGAGAAAAUUCGCUCAAUUAAUUAUUUUCAAAUAGUUAACAAAACGGCCUUUCAAAACAUAAUAUACAACCGAACUCCACUCAGAAUCGUUUUUCGUUAGUAAUGGUUUAAUCGUUGCGCACAUAUACACAUUAAAUUUCCCAUCGACCUUCUCGACUUAUCACCCGCAACAGUGGCCCACCCGUCGUGUGAAGUAUUUCCGUUUUUUUCUAUUGUCCGUACCACAAAAUAUGAGCGCUAAAUCGUACGCAUUUUCGUUCGGAAUUACUAAAUAAAUAAAAUCAAAAUUGAAUGUACGUUUUUCGCGAGUCUGUAAAUCCCAUAUUCCUUAUUGUUAUAUCGAUCUCGUGAGCUUGCAUUUAUAUUUUUUUCUAAUGCCACAAACGUCAACAGUUCACUUUUGUUCGCGUUGUAUCGUAAACCCACGACAGACCGACUCGUAUUUUGCAUACACAACACCGUCGCGUAGUCGAAUUAAGUUUUUAUAAGUUAACCGCAUUGUGUCGCCUAACCGUUUUAUUUAUUUAUUACAAACUACUACGGGCAACGUUUCUAUAUGGGGUGCCAUAAAAAUUGGCGGCGAAAAAUUUUCAUUUCGUUUUUUUUUUUUUUUUUUCCUGUUCACUUAACAGUUCAUCAUACUUUUACUAGUUCUGUACUAACUAGGCACAUAUUCCGAACAGCAUAGUCAUAAAUACUCAAAGCGCGUGAAUAUCCAUCGGUUUGAAACAAAAGCAAUUUUAACUUUCAUUAAAACGUUAGUUAUAAAAUUAAGAUUUCGGAAUUAUGUUAAAAUAUUUUCCGGGUUCAAUUUCUUGAUUACAUCGGAUUUUAUUAACAGAUCGCAGAUUUCUGCGCCGUCAACACUAAAUUCCUCAUUCGAACAGUCUAUUUGGUAUCUAGUUUUUUACCGAACUAUAUUGUUUUUUUCUUAAGAAACAGUUUGUCAACAGCGGUAACUCAAUAGGGGGAGGGAACAAGAAGGGCACUAUUGAUAUUUAUAAUAUUAUUUCAGUGAUGGCACAAAAUUAUAUCAUGACAAUCAAUUGUUCGAUUCGCCCGUUCGUUCGUUUAUUGAAAAAAUAUCUUUGGUGCCUGUGUCUGGUGUUGACAACGCCCAAGAGACAAAUCCCUCGGCACCUCAACGGCGGCCCGAACGAUCUAACAAGAGAAAAUCUACGAUACGCGCAAUCCCUCUAGUGUCUCAUAACAAACGAAAACGACACCCACGAACGAGCUAUAAAACGUCAAGAUCAUGUGCACUCGCAUUGGAGUUGAUGAUAGGCAGGAGAUAA